GGUCGGAUCACCUCGGCUCCAUGGUGAGGAGAAAGAAGAGCCCCCCUGGGCCAGAGGAACAGCACAAUGGGAUGACAGUGAAGCUGGGAGACAGCAGCGGGGAGGAAGGGGUGAAAAAGCUAGGCAAGCGAGCAGGAGGAGAUGAGGAGUCCCUGGAAGAAGGGGCAGGAAGAGGAGGAGAGGCAGCUCCAGGCAGGAGCAGCACAAAGAAAGAAGAGAAGAUUAUUAACAACAACACUAAUAACCCCUCAUCCAGCCCCAAUUUACCCCAAGCCCCAUCUUCUCUCCAGCCCUCCCACAGCCAGGACCAGCAUCAUUUUCUCAGGUCCAGUGUCAGACCUCAGAGCAAGAGGUUAAGGAAGGAUUCUCAGGCAUCCUGCUCAGUUGGCAAUAGCAGCAGCACUACUGCAAAAGGAAAAGGGACAGAUAAUGGAGGGACCUCAUCUGGUAGCACAUCAGGAAUUCCUCCCAGCGCUCCUGCUGGGAGUUCUAAGACUGCCACAAGGAACCUGGGGACCUCAGGUGGAGAGAAGGAGGAAGGAAAGAAAGUCAGACGUCAGUGGGAAUCAUGGAGCACAGAGGAUAAGAAUACCUUCUUCGAGGGACUUUAUGAGCAUGGGAAGGACUUUGAAGCUAUUCAGAACAACAUUGCUCUGAAGUACAAGAAGAAAGGCAAACCAGCAAGCAUGGUGAAGAACAAAGAGCAGGUCCGGCACUUCUACUACCGCACCUGGCACAAGAUCUCUAAAUAUAUUGAUUUUGAUAAUGUGUUUUCUCAAGGGCUGAAAAAAUCCUCCCUGGAGCUUUAUGGCUUAGUCUGUUAUGGGGAACUAAGGAAGAAGAUUGGGGGCUGUAUGGAUGAUAAAAAUGCAACAAAACUUAAUGAACUGAUUCAAAUUGGGGCCACGACUGUUCGCUACAAAGGGAGAAACCUUCGGAUCAAAGCUCCAAUGUGCAGGGCACUGAAGAAACUUUGUGACCCAGAUGGCAUUAGUGAUGAGGAGGAUCAGAAGCCAGUACGUCUUCCUCUGAGGGUCCCUGUGGAGUUACAGCCACGAAAUAAUCAUGCAUGGGCUCGGGUGCAGAGCCUUGCCCAGAACCCACGGCUCAGGAUGAUAGUGGAGUUACAUCGGAAGGUCUCCAGCCUCAUUGAGUUCCUGAAACAGAAGUGGGCUCUCCAUGAAGUGCGCAUUCGUCAAACACUAGAGGAACGGCAGCUUCAGGACUCCAGAGAUUCAGAAGCAAGAGGCAACCUCUCAGAGGAGAAAGUGAUGCUUCAUCUCUUCCCAGGAGAGAACUGUACUCUCACCCCUCUCCCUGAGGUGGCCAGAGUAGUCCACUCCAAGGCUUUCUGCACAGUGCAUUGGCAGGAAACCGGCAAAUGCAAACAGAACACAAAGGACUCUCACUUAUUGCCUCCUGCUCAAAUCCUAGGCAUACAGAGUGGUCAGGGGACAGCCAGAGGGCAGCUGAAGUACCCUCGGGGAUCAGAGGGUAAGAGUGGCGGAAGGACAGAGAGCACUAUAGAGCCAGGCAGAACCUCUCAGCCCAUAGCGGAAGUCUCUGCAAGCCCUGGAGAUGUCUCCCCAGAGAGUGGCCUGACAGAAGGCCCCCCUGAUCUCAGCAUCACAAACUCUCUCGAAAAACCACCUUCUGGACUUCAGGACCCGGGAGGGAGUCUGGAGAAGCCGAUCCCCGUGGUUUUCUGCACCGAGGGCGAGGAGGCCCUGGCCAGUGACCAAGCAACCAAGCUACCAUCAUGCAAUACAGCUUGUGUUUGCAGCAAGAUCCCUGACCUGGAGGAACUCUCUCUGCUUGAUCCAUUCCCUCGGUAUAUGAAGUCCUGUCAAGCUCUGAUUGUCCCAGAGAAAUGUUUUUGCACAGACAAACUGCAAGGGAAAGAUCCUGGUCCCUCAGCUGGGAGUGCCUCUCCUGUGGCUCUUCCAGCUGAGAGUACAGAGGCAGCUGACCCCUCUAGCCACAGCCAGGGACCACAGCCUGAUGCUUUUACUAAGGUUUUACAAGAUGCAGUAGUGGAGGAGACUCAAGAGAAGCUGAGUUCUUCAUUUCUGCAUUCACCUCCGGGACAACCUUCUGCAAAGCCUCUCAAGGAUGACCCGAGCCGACUUGCUCAACAGGUCAGAGAGGAGGGAUGGAAUCUACGAAACUCUGAGAGCCUUACGUUGGCUGAGGUUUACCUCAUGAUGGGCAAGCCAAACAAGCUGCAGCUGGAAUAUGACUGGCGAGCUGUGUUAGGGCCAGAAACCCAGGAUUCCAGGGAGGAAACAUCCGAACCCAGUGCUGUCCCCACAUCUUCCAUCUUUCACAAACAAAGACUCCUCAACUGCCUCUUAAAACUCAUUUCCACCGAAGUCAACCCCAAACCAACCCCUGAGAUGAACUCUGUCGCCACAUCCCCUAUAAAACCUACUCAAGAAGAGCAAUCACUGACUCCUCCUGGAAAGGUGAUUGCCGUCAGCACCAGGAGUCCAGGCUGUGCACGAAACCAAUCUGCUCUUCGCAACAAGACCUUUUCUCCCAAUAUUAGUUCCAGCUCCUCAGGUUUGAGGAACCCCCCUAGACCUCUCUUGGCGGCUGGUCCCUCAAGUUCUGGAGGAGCUGAUGCAGACGGUGGGCUCUUUGCAGUUCCCACGACUCUACCACCUAAUAGCCGACAUGGAAAGCUGUUCUUGCCUAGCAAGGAAGCAGAACUGACCUUCCGACAGCACUUGGACACAAUUAGUAUGCAGUCAGACUACUUCUUGCCAAAACCAAGGAGAUUGCGGAACAGGCACCUGCGGAAGCCAUUGGUGGUACAGAGAACACUGCUCCCCAGGCCAUCGGGAAAUCCGUCCCAGCAUGUCUGCUCCUUCUCCAUCUUAUCCAACUCUUCCAUAACCGGGAGAGGUUCAUUUCGGCCAAUCCAGUCUUCACUGACUAAAGCUGCCGUUUCUCGACCCAUUGUGCCCAAGGUUCUUCCAACACAAGCUACCAAUCACCUGUCCAGUGCUAUUGACUUGGCAGCUAAGAGUGCUGGUAUUAUCCCUGGCAGCCCCUUGCCUGUCCUGGAUUCUGAGGGCUUGUCAGGUGUGUCUCCGCUGUCACCAGACGGUGUGGCUGCAGUGGUCACGGGGCAGGAGUCGGCCGAGGCAGAUCAGAAUGGAAGCUCCAUCGGCACAGUAGGGGGUUCAAGCAGUAGGUGUCGGGUUCCUUUCAUUAACCUACCCACACAGCAAGAGCAGAAGGCGGUCCCUGAUGGAUUCCAGGACACAUCAGUCCUUUCUCUGUCAGAACUGUCCAAGACCCCUCUCCAGAAUGGUCUCUCCACUCCUCCGCUUCCUCCGUCACAGGCCUCCAGUACCCAUCUGUGUCCUCCCAACGUCUCUGCUCUGCUGGAUAUCUCUCUUCCUGGACCACCUGAAGAUGUGCUUUCUCAGGGAGAACCUGCCACUCAAAUAAGCGACUCUAUCAUUGAAAUCGCUAUCAGCUCUGGUCAAUACAAUGAAGGUGUUUCCCUCUCCCCUGCGAAACUGAAUGGCAGUGACAGCUCCAAAAGUCUUCCAUCCCCCUCCAGCAGUCCUCAGCAGAACUGGAUUGCCUCUCCGAGCCAUGAUCCACAGUGGUACCCCAACGACUCUACCGACUCAUCUCUCAGCAGCCUGUUUUCAAGUUUCAUCUCUCCCGAGAAGGGCCGGAAAAUGUUGCCAACUCCUGUUGGAACUGCCAGUGGCACCUCCUUACUGGGACCCAGCCUGCUGGAUGGAAACUCACGGGACUCUUUUGUGUCUCGAUCUCUGGCAGAUGUAGCAGAGGUGGUGGAUUCCCAGCUGGCUUGCAUGAUGAAUGAGAACAGCAUAGAUUACAUAUCUCGUUUCAACGAUCUUGCCCAGGAGCUGUCAAUACCUGAGCCAACCCGUAGGGAAAUCCUCUUUGAUGGAGGAGGAGGCGGCCCCCCCAUUGGUGACCUCUCACAGUGA